AUGACAACGAUAAUGCGACAAGAACCGCUAUUAGUAAUUGAGUCAAGUAAUAGUAGUGAUAGUUGUAAUAAUAGUAGCAGUAGUUGUAGUAGUAAUAGUAGUAGUAGUUGUUGUAGUAGUAAUAGUAGUAGUAGUUGUUGUAGUAGUAAUAGUAGUAGUAGUAGUAGUAGUAGUAGUAGUAGAAGUAGUAGUAGUAGUAGUAGUAGUAGUAGUGGUAGUAAUAAUGGUUUAAAAAAAAGGAAUUUGAAGGAAAAAAUAGGUAGAAGAGGAGCUUUAGGAAUGAUGAUGGACUAUAGAAAGGGAAUAGAGAAGGGUGAAAGGGUACAGAAGAAUGAACUGAAAAGGAAGAGGACCGGGAAGAGCGGUGGUUGA